AUGGCCACGAAGAACAAAGUGUAUGUUGCAGGAGUUGGACUCUCGCCUUCAACAGAACGGUCUGGUCCUUUCGUUCUCUCCGCUGCGGUCAAGGCGCUGCUAGACGCCGGUGUUACAUACGAUCAUGUGUCGAAGUCCUUAGUAUCGAAGGAUGUUACGGGUGGCAAAAGCACGUUUGCGGCCUUCAACGACGACAGGGUGAUUGUAGACCUUGUUGCGAAUAGGUCGUUGCUCGGGCAUGGAAUCGAUGAAAUUAGCGGAGCGAGAUCGCAAUGUGUGCUGAUUGCUGGAGUUGACAAGGAGGAGGCAGUCGCUUUUGUGCUGGUUUCCGAAGAUUUCCUGAUGCGCUGGCCUUACCUCAAGGACUCUUCGAUGCUAGUGUCUAAGGUCGGGAGGAGCGAUGGAUCACUGUCCCAGGCUGUGAGGAAAGUGUGGAGACUGAGAGGCUGGGGAUCGGUCAAGGGAGCAUCACCUCGUGGAGAGAGCUCAAUCGAAUUGGCCCGUGCUGAUGGCCAAUCUACGCCGAAGUGGAAAGACGUGGAAUGCAAGCUCGACGGCAAGCAUCGACUGGGCUACAACCCAGCUACUGAAACCAAGCAAGUAUCGCAGGAGGACCUUGAAGCCGUACAGGCAACGGGAAAGACGCAACAGAAGACCAGCGCCUUCAAGCGACGGGGCGGCGAUCUGGCGAUACUGACCAAGCAGCAUGACUUCGUGGCGAAGCUGUGA